AUGCUGGCAUCCAGAAGGCUGGGGAAGGAACUCUCCAAACUCCAACUCGGGGAAAGCUUACCGCCAGGUAUCACACUUGUGGAGGCCGACAACUUUGAGACAUGGCUCAUGGACAUCCGGGUCAUGGACGACAACCCUCUCUAUGCGGGGCAGACGUACCGAUUGAAGUUCAGGUUCUCCAACUCCUACCCCAUCGAAGCUCCCGAAGUCACAUUCGUCACGGCGCACAACAUCGGCAUCCCGCUGCACCCGCACAUCUACAGCAACGGUAUCAUUUGCUUGGACUUGCUAGACCGCCAGGGGUGGAGCCCCGUACACAAUGUGCAGAGUGUGUGCGUCAGCUUGCAAAGCAUGCUGACGGGCAACACGCUGGCCGAGCGCCCGCCCGGCGACGACGAGUUUGUGAGGCGCAAUACGCAGCGGCCGAGGGACAUCAAUUUUUACUUUCAUGAUGACAAGGUUUAG